UUGAAGAGCUGUGUUAAUGUUGAACCAGAGGGGGCAGCACUGACCAGGCUGGGGCUGCCGGAAGAGCUCGAAGAAGAAGACGAAGAAGACGAAGAAGAAGAAGGACUUCCUGUGUGCGUCCUUAACAGAACUGAUUCACGUCCCGCGGAGACGAGGAGAGACCAACGUUAUUCCACCUGAGCCGCUGAGUAUCCAGAGCAGCAGCAUGUCUGAUGACCUGGACAUCGAGGCGAUGCUGGAGGCUCCGUACAGGAAGACUUGCCUAACGAUUUCUCACCUCUACUCCCCUGAAUGCCAGUGUGAUCUGUCACAAACAUGAAGGAGGACGCCAAGACCUCGAGUCCAGACGUACAGGAUGAACACAACAAGAGGAAGAAGUGCAGCCGCAGCCGCGACAAGAAGCGCAGCAAGAGUCGAGACAAGAAGAAGAGCCGCAGUCGAGAGCGCAAACGCAGCCGCAGCAAAGAGAGGCGGAGGAGCCGCAGUCGAGAGCGCCGCCGCAGUCGCAGCAGGGAGAGGGGGGGGCGCUACAGAGACCAUCAGAAACACCGGCGGAAGUCCAGGAGUAAGAGUCCGUUCAAGAAGGACAAGAGUCCCAUCAGGCAGCCCAUCGAUAACCUGACUCCGGAGGAGCGAGAUGCUCGGACGGUGUUCUGUAUGCAGCUGGCUGCCAGAAUCCGACCUCGUGACCUGGAGGACUUCUUCUCUGCUGUGGGAAAGGUGCGGGACGUGAGGAUGAUCUCGGACAGGAACUCCCGCAGGUCAAAGGGCAUCGCCUACAUCGAGUUCGUGGAAACAAACUCAGUUCCUCUGGCCAUCGGACUGACGGGGCAAAGGCUGCUGGGAGUUCCCAUCAUCGUACAGGCCUCACAGGCGGAGAAGAACCGAGCAGCAGCAGCUGCAGCAGCGGCAGCAGCAGCAGCCAACAACCUCCAGAAAGGUUCCUCAGGACCGAUGAGACUUUACGUCGGUUCUCUGCAUUUCAACAUCACAGAGGAGAUGCUGAGAGGAAUCUUUGAACCCUUUGGACGAAUUGAGAGCAUCCAGCUGAUGAUGGACAGUGAGACGGGUCGAUCUAAAGGUUACGGCUUCAUCACGUUUGCAGACGCAGAAUGUGCUAAAAAAGCUCUGGAGCAGCUGAACGGCUUCGAGCUGGCAGGUCGACCCAUGAAGGUGGGUCACGUGACUGAGCGGGCCGACGGCUCCGCGGCCUCGUCUUUCCUCGACAGUGACGAGCUGGAACGCACCGGCAUCGACCUGGGAACCACGGGGAGGCUGCAGCUGAUGGCCCGACUCGCAGAGGGUUCAGGUCUUCAGAUGCCUCCUGCUGCUCAACAGGCUCUUCAGAUGAGUGGAGCUAUAGCGAUUGGAGCCAUGGCUGCUGUGUCAGCUGCCAUGAAUCCAGGUCUGAACAUGAACUCUCCUGUGACUCUUCCCUCUCAGCCGCUCGCGACGCACUGCUUCCAACUGUCCAACAUGUUCACCAGCCACAGUGACGACGCUCCUGGCUGGGACGUUGAUAUUCAGCAUGAUGUCAUCGAGGAGUGUAACAAACAUGGAGGAGUCGUUCACAUCUACGUGGACAUAAACUCUACAGAGGGAAACGUCUAUGUGAAGUGUCCAUCUAUCCCGGCGGCCAUGGCUGCUGUUAACGCCCUCCACGGAAGAUACUUUGCUGGUAAGAUGAUCACUGCGGCGUACGUCCCGUUGCCAACUUACCACAACCUCUUCAAAGAGUCCAUCGCCGCCACACAGCUGCUGGCCCCGCCCCCGCGGCGGUGACUCCCCAGCAGCACGGCCCUCUGAUUGGACACUGGACUUUUAUAUCUUCCUCUCCUAUUAGUCAACACAGACGAGUUUUACUUCCAACUUCAAGCCUGAAGAUGCUGUCUGUUUUUGGUGUUCUCUGCCCCCCCCCCCCCUCUGAGUAUUGUCUAAUGGUUGAGCUCCGUGAGCUGCGAGGAGGUCAGUUGAUGAAGGAGAUGAAGAUCGGAUCAGCUGAUUGGUCAGUUUGAUAUUUAACUGUUUCUCUAAUUGAGAAUUGAUUUUGUAAAACAUUGAUUAAAUUUUAUUUUGAAGUCA